GAAAGCACAGAAGCACAGCCGAUGCAAACUUCUCCGCGCAUGGUAUAAAUCAGUGAGUGGUAUCGGUAGAGGGUAUAAGUAGAAACUCGUGAGAUGGGUGAUUAGGCGAGACGUUAUAUGUUGUCGCCUGGAGCCUGCUCACCGACGCCCUUGAGUUGAACGUUCUACACGAGGCACUCAGACGCGAUCGGGAAAGUUCAUUAAUUGUCACGCAUCACAACACGUGUGGGGAAGUCACACUGCUAUCCUGGGGAAGGUCGCGCCGAUUACGAGGCUCGAGCUCCUUGACACUACCCGCCUUUUCCUCCUCACCGUUCCCCACGUUCCCCACCAAUGUCGGGCGACCAGCCUGUCAAUGCUAUCCGUAACGGUGUCGAGCCUUUCGCAUACCCUUCCAGCUCCUCCAGCGAGAGUUCCCUUCAAGUGGGUGCUUCUGGCUUCAAUGUUGCUCGUGUAAAGCGUGUUAUGGAGAAGACUGCAGACACUCUGAACAGGAGCAGAUCGCUGCUGUCUCAAAGCCAGCCUUCCCUUCCGAUAAUGCCCUCGGCUCACCGACGUUUUCUGACCAGAGGCAAGGGAAAAGAGAGAGCUUCAAAUGAUGAUGAUCUGUCUACGGCGCAGUCACAAACGCUUAGUGGUAUUACCACAACUUCUGUUCUUCGAAGGACAAGUGGACGGGUGCCCGCUUCUCAUUCGAAUGACGAUUCUCCAUUCAUAACGCCGAAGUCUCCUCCCUUUGGCCCUACUAGAUCUAUGUUUAAUAUAUUCCGAGGAGACGGAUCUAUGCGUGCCGGUACUCAAACCCUCAUCCAAGCAUUGCAAGCGAUGCCUUGGUCUGAAGACCAGGACAAUGACGAUGACAUUGUGAACCACGGGGCUCUUCCCUCAGAACCUGAGAGCGAUGAUGAGGAUAAACCUGCAAACUGGCUCACUUCCUCGAUACACACCAUCUACCGGCCUGUGGCUCGUUCACGCCGGAGAGAUAAAGCAGGUGAUACCAAGGGUCGUAAACAGAGGAUGCCGAGUGUCAUAGACACUGACGAGGAGCUACCCAUUGAGGGCCCUAUUCUGUCUGAUGAAGAGGCCGAAGGAGACUUUGAACCAGACAGGGAAGGCUCUCCGGAUCGUAGUGCCUUGAACAGGCAUAGGGGAGUCACCCCCUUACCCUCUUUGCCGGAACUCGAUGCGCCAGAGCCCUCGCUAGCAAGAUCACAUCCUGCACGUUCCGGAAGUAUGGCUACCGUGAAAGUAGAGCGUCGAGCCAGAUUGGCAGAGAAGCUGCGGGAUAUCUUUGAUCUCAAGGACCUGCAGCAAGUCAUAUCUGAAAUGCCAUGCUGGCUUUUAAGAUCAGUCCUUUUACAGGGCUACAUGUAUCUCACCGACUCCUACCUAUGUUUCUUUGCGCACCUGCCAUCCCGAGAGGACCAAGUCCUCAAAUCUGGCGCCCUGAGCAAACGAGCCCAGCGCACUAAACGAUGGAUCAAACAUUGGUUCGUUCUGAAGAAUGAUGUACUCUCAUGGUACCAAUCGUCCUCCGAUCCUUACUUCCCACACGGUGUUGUGGACUUGCGAUAUGCGCUGACAUGUGAACCUACCGGUGAAAGGGACAUCCGCCUUCGCACAAAUCAGAAGACAAUAAGACUUUCCGCCGAUUCAGUUCCAAGUCGGGACGAAUGGGUGAAGGCUAUUCGGAAGGUGAUGUUCAAAGCUCAAAACAUGGGUGAUAGUGUGAAGAUUGCAAUUCCUUACUCCGCCAUUGUUGACGUUGAAAGGUCCUCCGCUAUGGAUUUCAGUGAAACAAUCGAGAUUAAGGUGAUGGAUCGGGGCGAAAGCUAUUCUGUUGAUUCAUACUUCUUUGCAUAUUUCCAUGACCUAUCUGCAGCCCUUGAACAGAUACGCGACGCCGUCCGUGCCUCCCGUGACAUUCCAGCAAGCUCAGUAACACCGCCAGUCAUCGAUACUACUGUCUCUCGCUCUCCUAGUGCCCUUCAGUCUGCUAUAGACCGGACGCCAGUUGUAACAUCGCCAGAAUCCAUGCCGAAAUCGCCAUCAUAUACUGCUAGAUUGCCGUCUCUUACCUCUUUCCUUCGUCCCUUCCAGGAAUCCUUCCCGCCGUCGCGCACUCUAAGUGCACCGGAACAUACACAGAAUCAAUCAGAAGAGUUCACUUACGUGUCAAAACGAAGCAGUUCUUCGUUCAUUCCGAUAACCACUUCUCCAGAACAAAGCUUCGUUGUUAAUCAAGAUCCACUACCUCGCCUGGCAGUGGCGUCGCAUGCAUCGUCGGCAAGCGUGACGCCAACGGCUUCAACAUACCUGAGUACUCAUACAUAUCCUCCGUCAUCUUGGUCAUCACCACCGACACUUCAAUUAGGUUCACAUUCCCGGGAAACUAGCGCAAGUUCAUGGAGUGUCGGUGUCCCGUCUUGGCUCAAGAUCCCUUCUCGUCGUACUUUUGGCAAUCCGUUCAGCUCCCUCAGCUCAAGACCAACGCUGGAGCAUUCAGCAUCAAUGCCAGGUUCAGGUAGUAGCGGAAAGGUUUCAGAGGUUCUUUCGUCAAGUAGCUUCCCUCUCAGUAGCAGCAGCUCUGGCGACUAUGGGUUCUUCAGUAUUUUGGAAGCUCCGGAAGCUGCGGUUGAACCUGAAAUCGUCGAGAAAUUCCACAGCUCAUUCGCGUUGGACGAAAAGGAGACCCUUCUUGGAUAUUUUUCGGGCUACAUAUUUAGAUUAUUGCCGAUUUAUGGUCGUCUCUACAUCUCUACGAACCACUUUUGCUUCCGAUCGUCUGGUCCUUUGACAUCUAGGACAAGGAUGAUAUUGCCUAUUCGCGACGUUUUAUCUACAGAACCAUCCAAGGCUUUCCGGUUUGGCCACCACGGACUUGUCGUCAUUGUUCGCGGCCAUGAGGAGCUAUUCUUCGAAUUUGCGGAUGAAGAACGACGAACUGCAUUUGUGGCACUAUUGGAGAGACAGAUGGAGGCUGCUCGGCUGCGAUCUGCGUCAGGCGAGACUCAUCCAUCAAGUAACGGCCAACGUGAAGCCCUCAUACUGGAAGAAUUUGGCCCAAGCACCCAUCGCCUUACUGACUCAGCUAUUCAAGACGAGCCUGAUGACCUCACCGAGUCUGUUCCAGCCGUGAUGUUUACUUCGCAGUCGUCGACAUUCUUGACCUUCAAACCUAAAGAGCCUCUACACUUCACCUUCUUGACAAUUGGCUCAAGGGGUGAUGUUCAACCGUAUAUCGCUCUUGCCAAAGGACUGAUGGCCGAUGGACACUCCUGUCGAAUAGCAACACAUGGCGAGUUCAAAGAGUGGAUUGAAUCUCAUGGCAUUGAGUUUGGAUAUGUCGGCGGUGAUCCAGCGGAACUCAUGAGAAUCUGCGUGGAGAAUGGCAUGUUCACUGUGUCGUUUCUGAAGGAGACGAUGCAAAAGUUCCGUGGAUGGCUAGAUGAUUUACUUAAGACAUCGUGGGAAGCCUGCCAAGGAACUGAUGUGAUCGUUGAGAGUCCAAGUGCUAUGGGUGGAUUCCACAUCGCAGAAGCCCUUCGGGUACCAUAUUUCAGAGCUUUUACCAUGACAUGGAGUCGAACUAGGGCGUAUCCGCAUGCUUUUGCCGUACCAGAACACAAGAUGGGAGGGAACUACAAUUAUAUGUCUUACGUCGUAUUCGACCAAGUGUUCUGGAGGGCAACAGCUGGCCAGAUCAACCGUUGGCGUCGGAAUCUGCUGGGUCUUCCAAGCACUAGUCUGGAUAAGAUGGAGCCACAUAAAGUGCCCUUUUUGUACAACUUCAGUCCUGUUGUUGUCCCACCCCCAUUGGAUUGGCCAGAAUGGAUUCGAAUCACAGGUUAUUGGUUUUUGAAUGACGCGAAUGUUGGAGCGAGCAAAUGGGCACCUUCCCCAGGACUUGUGGAAUUCAUAGAUUCCGCUCAUCAAGCUGGGAAGAAAGUUGUGUACAUUGGCUUUGGAAGUAUUGUUGUGUCGGAUCCUAAGGGUAUGACGCGUACAGUGGUCGAUGCAAUAAUACAAAGCGGCGUAUACGCCAUACUCUCGAAGGGCUGGUCGGAUCGCCUCGUGAAGACAUCUGUUGAGGAGCCAGAAUCCUCAGAACCGCUUCCCAAACAAAUAUACCCUAUCACUUCUAUACCACAUGACUGGCUAUUCAAUCGAAUCGAUGCGGCUUGUCAUCACGGUGGCGCGGGGACCACAGGCGCGAGCUUGAGAGGUCCCGGGGAUUCCAACAAUCAUCAAACCCUUCUUUGGUGAUCAGUUCUUCUGGGCCGACAGGGUAGAGGCCCUUGGCAUUGGAACCGGCGUCCGCAAACUCACAGUGACAACUCUAUCGGAAGCGCUUGUCGCUGCAACUACAGACCAAAAACAGAUACAUCGUGCAAAGGUAGUUGGCGAGAGCAUCCGAGCGGAGAAUGGCGUGGCUACUGCAAUUGAAGCAAUCUAUCGGGAUCUUGAGUAUGCCCGCUCUCUGAUCAAGGGCAUAGUAGCAAAGGAUGAGAGUCGCUCCGACAGAUUCGAUGAUGAGCGUGAUACUAUUCGCGAGCAGGGGCUAUCUGCAUCCACUUCGCGUUCGCGAAGGCUGUCAGGCGAAAGCUCUCGAGGCGCUACGAGUGACUGGAGUGUGAUUUCAGACCAAGAGGACUCGCCGGUGACACCCUAGUUCAAGCAGUUGUUUUAUUUGUUGUGUGGGAUUUCCUGGGAUAUGUGCUGUAUAAUUAGAGCUGUGUUACAUAGUUGCUUCUUGGUUGUAAUGCUCGUCAAAUAUACGUUUGCUAAAUGUGCCGAACGUGUCAGAAGCA